AUGACUCCCGUCGGGUUGCCGGCAUUUUAUGCUGGCCUCCUCGCCAGCGCCGCCGCACCGCAAUUCUUAUCGGCGCUUUCCCUUCGUUCCAGCACAGCGACGUCUCAGCAAAACAGCCUCCGCACAAAUUCAUUUGCAUCCGGUCAAGACUUGCUUUGGUUGACGACGGCGCCCGCGGCCACUGACAAAACUGAAGAUUGCCUGGAAAUCAUAAACAAGCUAAGGAAGGAAAAUCUAAAGGACCUGCUGGGAACCCUCACCCAGGCAGACGAGACUGAGGUGACUGCAAGCCUGCAGAAGAUCGGAAAAACGGACCCAGAAAGCCCCACUGCCGUGAAAAUUGCAGCGAAGCUUGCGGGUGAAACUACAGAAACAUGUGAAUCAGGCAAAGACGCCAAUGCGACGAUGUAUCCCGGACUCGUAAUUCCAUUUGCGCACGAUAAGAAUUUCGACUGCAACGCUUUGAUCCAGGCGACGUACACAGCGGGACUCGACCACCUCAAACAAUCGAACUUCGAUCCAUCGACAGGAACAUACGAUGCUGCAAAAGCUCCAUUUAACAACAUAGACGCCAGCAAUGUGGCGUUUCUGCUAUCGGCGGAAAGCACAAAGGUCUCAUGUGCCGCCACCGAAAACUGCGAAGGUGGCCAUGAUGUUUUAUUCUGCUACUUCAUAGAACCACUUCAAGCUGGAGAAAAGCCUUUCACAACUGAGCUUUACAAUGCUCUCUGGGGAUUGGAAACGGGCGCAGCGUUCAUCUCGGUUCCCAGCGUCGCCACCGUCCUUUUGGCCCUCGCAUUGAUGAUUCGGACUUAA